GCGUACAGCGUACACGCGUGUAUACAACAAAGGUUAAUAUGCAGCAGUUUUCGCACAACGAUUGUGCAGGGCAUUUUUCAUAUCCAUCAUGCAUUGAUCCAUGCCUUCUUGCCGGAGAGCACGUCGAGUGAUAUCGCGAUGUCACGUUACAUCACCGUGACGUCGAUUAAAGUGACUGUCAAUACUUUCACCAAGUAUGUAACAACAGUUCCUUAUUUAAAUAUUUCAUGCCUAAGCUGGAUACGAAGUAUUUAGUCGAUUCUGCUCAACGCGAGAUUGCAGAUGCUGUCUACAGCUGCGAUGAACAUGGAUUUCUUCGUAGGUGUGGACGUGGGGACAGGAAGUGUCCGAGCGGCUCUGGUUACUUUGAGUGGGAAGAUAAAGAAGGUGGCUACAUGUCCACUCGAGAUAUUUCAUCCUGCACCAAACUUUUAUGAACAAUCAUCUGAUAAUAUUUGGAGUGCCGUGUGCCACGUUGUUAAGUCAGUUGUUGCUGAUAUCUCUGCAGAAGAUGUUAAAGGGAUUGGAUUCGAUGCUACUUGCUCAAUGGUGGUUGUAGAUGAAGCAGGUUUACCAAUAACAGUUAGUCCUACAGGACAAGAGAAACAAAAUGUCAUACUGUGGAUGGAUCACAGAGCACACGAGGAAGCUGACUUUAUUAAUUCUAUGGGUCACGAUGUAUUGCAAUAUGUAGGUGGCAAAGUUUCUCUCGAGAUGCAAACACCUAAGAUGCUGUGGCUCAAAAAGAAUUUGCCUGCCUCCUGGAAUUCUGCCGCGCUACUGUUUGAUUUACCAGACUUCUUAACGUGGAAAGCCACUGAAUCGGAAUCCCGAUCAUUGUGUUCUUUAGUGUGUAAGUGGAAUUAUAGCGCUAAUCCUACUGGUAAGAACGGAUGGGACGAGGAUUUCUUUGAACAGCUCAAUUUACGAGACCUGAAAAAAGAUAAUUGGAGAAAAAUAGGGAACGAUAUAAGGGUACCUGGUGAUGCGAUUGAAUCCGGAUUGUCGACAAAAGCUGCAGCAGAAUUGGGAUUAUUGAAAGGAACACCAGUUGGGACCUCGCUAAUUGACGCACACGCCGGUGGUCUCGGAAUGAUUGGAUGUUACGCGUCAGAUGUGUCCCCGAAUUUCUCCAAUCGAUUGGCUUUGAUAUGCGGCACUUCAACUUGUCAUAUGGUAGUGAAUGAGAACAAGAUAUUUGUAAAUGGUGUUUGGGGUCCAUACUAUAGUGCGAUGGUGCCCGGUUUCUGGCUCAAUGAGGGAGGGCAAAGUGCUACCGGAAAGCUGCUUGAUCACGUCAUUGAUACGCACCCCGCGACGCCGGGAAUCCUGAUGACUUUGAGCGGCAAUAAACAUAUUCAACAAUACUUGUCCGAAUUGUUGCACGUUAUGGCUGAGCAGAAGAAUCUGCAGAACGUGUCGUAUCUGACUAAGGAUAUACAUGUAUGGCCGGAUUUCCAUGGUAAUCGUUCGCCUCUCGCUGAUCCAACAUUGAAAGGAAUGGUAUCUGGAUUAUCUUUAUCUGUGGAUCAGGAAAAUCUAGCGUUAUUAUACUUGGCAGCAGUACAGGCACUAACGUACGGUACGAAGCAUAUAAUUGAAGUUUUAUCGGCGGCCGGCCAUAAUAUAGAGAGUAUACUAGUUUGCGGUGGACUCAGUCAAAAUCCACUGUUUAUCCAAAUACAAGCCGAUGUGUUGGCGUUACCGGUACUUUGCCCCGUGGAGCGAGAAUCGGUUUUGGUAGGCGCGGCGAUCCUUGGAGCAUGUGCUACGAGAAAAUAUUCUAUACAUGAGACUAUUCAGAGAAUGGCGGGAUCGGCGAACGUAGUGAAACCAACGAACGAAUGUUACAAAUAUCACCUUCGUAAAUAUCGCGUAUUCAAGAAAAUGGUUCAAGACCAGCAAGAAUACAGGAUAUUAAUGAGCGAAGAAUUAUAGUCUAUUCUUCCGUCCCUUGUUUAAACAGAUUAAUAAUAGACUGUGUUUAGUAAAUCUUUUUAUAAUUGGGAGUUUGAGUGAAGAUAAAUAAUCUCCGAAUAUUCGAUAUUCAGGAGGAAUCUCUGAGGCCUCGAGGAAUGAAUUUAAUUUUAUAGAUAGAUUCGGAUUGAGCUUCCUGUAAAGAAAAAAUAUUCCGCUGGAAAAUAUCGGUAUUGCAUCUGAAAUAUCAUUUGCUCUAAUAAUAGAUAAAAAUAAUUACUUACUGUGACA